ACGAUUAUCAUGUCUUAUUAAAGGUAUUCAAUUGGUCUCCACGCCACUGUAAUUAUCUAAUGGCUUGUUUUGAACUCAUCACUUAAUGUUGAUUGCUGUUUUCUCAUCUCCUGAUGUCUCAAUUGGUAUGCAUUGUCUUCGGCCACUUCGUUUAAUUGACUGAUAUGAAUGCGGCACUGUAUUUCUUUGACAGGAAAUGAGAUAUUAUCAUUACAUUAUUAGUAUCCUACCAGAGUUUGUACGGAGGUUGUGGGUCCGAGAGCUCAAUACCUAAAAUGGAGAAUAAUGGAACGACUCAAUUUCCAAAUGCUUCUGAAGCCACAUCAAACGCCGGUUAUGCGAUUUCAAGCAUCGCGAUGGAUUCGACUACUCUAGAAAUUGCCGGAAACACUUCAGUUCAACAAUAUCUAAAUUCAACAGCCUUUGUAACUACCGUGAAAGCGCCAUCUAUUGAGGACUUUAUAGAAUACCAUAUCGGCGUCGCUCUAUGGAAAUAUAUGACACUAGUUGUGAUUAUACUUGGAUUGAUCGGCAAUAUUCUGUCAUUUCUUGUGAUGAAAUUUACAAGUAUGAAUAAAGCUGCCUCGUCAAUUUAUCUUGCUGCUUUGGCUAUAUUCGACACUGGGGUUCUCCUCGUUGGUCUAGGACGACAGUGGUCUCGUAACAUGUUCACUUAUGAUAUCAGGGCCGCACAUGAAUGGGCAUGCAAAAUCCAUGUGUUCUUCACCUAUAUGUUUAUUGACCUAUCUGCCUGGAUGUUGGUCUGUGUUACAAUUGAUAGAGUCAUCCUCGUCUACUUGCCCCUGAGAGCAAAGUCGAUCUGUACCAAGAGGAAAACCAUGACUGUUAUAUGCCUUAUUACAUUCUUCAUCGUUGGGGUGAACUUUCAUUGGUUCUUUACAGUUGGACAGCGAAAUUUCAUCCGACUGAUUGAAGAAAUUCAGUUCAAUUGCGCCUACUUGGAGGGAUUUGAAGAAUUUCAUCGAACCUUUUGGCCUUGGAUUGAUGCGUCCGUCGCUUCAUUCAUCCCCUUCAUCACUUUGUUCGUCUGUAACAUUUUAAUUGUCACCCAGUUGGUCAAAGCAGCCGCUCGCCGGAAGAACCAAAUGAACGUGACAAGUUCAAAACAGGACGACACAACACGCUCCAUGACAAUUAUGCUCGUGAUGAUAUCCUUUUUGUUCCUCUGCUUUACCUCCCCAGUCGUAUUACUAGACGUUGUAAUACAACCAGAUAUUACACGUGCCCCAACGACAGCUGAAAAGGCAAGCGAGAAACUAACUGUAGCCAUUGUGAACCUGUUAAUGUAUCUCAAUAGCGCUUUGAACUUCGUCAUGUACUGCCUGAGCGGAAAGAAAUUUCGUGAUUCGCUGCGAGAGUUAUUUUGUAAGAAGAAAACAGCAUACAGAAGACAAACGAACACACAAAGUUCGUUAGUGAGUCAAAGCGAAACAAACUUCAAAACAAAGGUGAGCAGAAUACAGGGCUCGAAAAUUGAUGUUAACACAGUUUCUGGCUCUCUUGAUGGAAUAGAGGGCAGGGAAGAUCCAACAGAGAAUCGUCAAAAAUUUACUAAAAUAUAACUUUUCAUUGUACAUGAAUAAUUACUGAGUGUUAAUGAAGCACAGACAACGAGUAUCCUGGCGUGAGUGUAUCUAGUAAAGAGAGAAAUAAGUACAUCCUUGUUGCCGAUGCGACUUGAAUUGAUUGGUUGAUUUAUUGCUUAGAAGACGAUAGUUUAUUGAUACAUAAACGGUUAUGUUCAUAUGGUUACGACUGUGUAUCUAAUAAAUAAGACAUUGAAAAAAGAAAGAUUACCAUCGAUUGUUAUAAAGACAUUAUUAAACAUUAUUAUAAAGACUUAAUUUUUUAAUAUAUAUUUAUUUCAGUCAAGGACAGCUAGACAUUUAACGCAUGUUUACUGUUUAAAUAUAUCGAAAUAGAUAAAUACAAUGUUGUAAAGUCAAUAAUGCUGAAAAACGCAGACUUAAAUAUUAUACAGAUGUGGAUAUAUCAUGUGGACACCAAUGUUAUACAGACGCUAUAAGAAUGGUUAAAAUGACAAUUAUUAUUUGUUUAUUUACAUUGUCAGUAUUUGUUUUAUUGUGAUAUAUUUAUCAAAGGAUUGGUAUCGAUAUGGAGAACUGAAUUCAAUAAUAUUUUUCUCUUAACCAAAUUAUUGAAAACAUUCUGUAAAAAAACAAAGUCCUUUAUGUAAUGUUGACUGAUUGACAACAAUUUAACGCGAAAAUAAUUUAUACAUAUUUUAUAUAACUGUUUUUGUUAACAUUUUUUGUUUUAUAGUGCAAUUGUUUUUUGUCCCUUUUUACCAUUUCUUGAGAAUGAAAUAAAACAUCUUUCCGAAGCUUGUUUGAACAAAAUAGCAUAUAAAACAUUUUCUUAGACUUCCCAAUAUUAUAGUUGUACAAAGGAAAUUUUGGUUGAUUUAACAAAAAGUAUUUAAAAAAUUAAAACAAAAACCCCCCUAAAUAGAUAAAAACUAAGAUAACCUUUAAUUUCAUUAACAAGAUACUUUUUAAAUCAACCAAACUUUCCUUUGUAUUAUUACAAUAUUGAUGAUCUCUUAAUUACAACAUUUUGUUCCAAUGAGGUUCGGAUAGAUGUUUCAUUUCAUUCCGAACAUAUGAUACCAAGAACAAUAAAAGAAGUGUCCGAUGCGAUUUCUAAAACAAUAUAGAGAAAAGUAUAUAUAUCUAUUUCAAAUUAUAUUGUUACCAUUCAAAAGAUGACUAUUAAAUUGACAAUGUGUAAAAUUUUCAGAAUUUUUUGAUGACUGGUUUAGGAGAAACGUGUGUUCAAAAAAUUCGCCAUAUCGAUACUCAUCCUUUACUCUUCUCUGUACUGUUUAGACGCUUCUUCCUUCGUAGAGAUAUCAACAAAGGAAGAUAUGCCGCGUACUAAAAUAGUACGUCAAAUUAGUACAAUUUUAAAACUUCUAUGAAAACAUACUACGUAAGUCUUUAUGUCCAUAUUACCUUGUAUCUUAUCCUCGUAUUUAAAAUAUACGAUGCAUAACAUUUCUAUGAAAACAUACUACGUAAGUCUUUAUGUCCAUAUUACCCUGUAUCUUAUCCUCGUAUUUAAAAUAUACGAUGCAUAACAAGCGAGUGGUUGCAUCCUAUCAUAUAUAAUGAGCAUUAUAUUAACUAAAUACCAAUUAAAACAUCAUAUAAAAAUACAAAAUACAUCGUUUGAGGUAAGUUUAGAGGAAUGUAGUUUGUUCCUUUUGAGUGUCAUGUGGGUUAGAUAAAUACACGUUCAUUUUGUUAGAAUCAACGUUGUCCAAGUCCCCUACAUUCAAGAUAGUGUGGUGGUUGGCAAUUGUCGUUGGCUGGUAUUUCAUAUCAUUGAGCCCAUGUUGUCUUCCAUUUUGUAAGUUUAAUUCAUUUUGUUCUGAAAUCUCGCGCUUUCUCUCGGCUUCUGCUUCGGCAAUAAUCGCUUGUUUCCGAUUGUAUUGAAGAAUCGGCGCACGCAUCAGUGUGAGUACUAAUUGCCAGCGCAUUUGAGCGCGUUUGUAAGAUCGCCAUGACUUCUGGUCUUUGAAAUCCCGGUAUUUACCAUGUUGGGAUUUUAUCUUUACAUCAAUAGUGUCCUCGUCUGGAAGAAAAUUAAAAAAGUUAACGCAGGCUUAGUCUGUAUAUCAAGAAAGGUAAGAUAAUU